CCAGUCAUCGUUAGGCAUACACUCGGUUCGGUUGGAUUCGGUACUAAGAAGUACGUUUGACAGUGGCUGUUAUCAGUGACAGAACAUUUUUUUUUGCCCCUGUAGGCAUUUGGCAGAAUUUUCCUUCCUGUUCAUUGUGGGUGCUAAUGUUUGGGAAGAAAUUCAACAAAGGAUUCGAUCCUGUAGCGGCAAUUCAUUACGGUUAAUUUGAUUUUACGGAUUUCUGGUGACAGAGACAACAACGCAUAAAGACCAGCUUACUUGUAAACAAUUCGGUCUGUCAGUUUUUAUGCUAACUUUUGUAUCAGUCUGUUUGGAUAAAGUGGAGAGGAAGUGGAAAAUCGAUUAGAAGUGUUUCGGUAGGGUGGACAGUUUAAGUAUAAGUGUGGAAUGAAACGGCGAGAAAUUCUAUUUGUUAGAUAGAAUCGUAAUUGACAGUAUUAGGAAGAGCUAUCUUUUGAAUAGAUUUAGCAAGAAUAACCUGCUUCCCAGACGAUAAAAUCAAGCUUUUUUAACAAGCACCGUUUGACGAAUCAUCAAGCACAUAGCUGCAAUCGAUGUAUGCUCGAAGUGAGAAAAUAUUCAUUAGUGAGUGUGUGUGAGAGUUAUCCUCACGUUGAUAAAGAAGGCGAGCCGGUGAAGCAUUGGAGUUUAUGUGGGCUUAUCCUGACCGUUUCUGAAGGUGGUGAAGUACCAAUAGUUUGUGGUCAUUUUUUUCGCAAGAUAAUGUCGCUUGAAUGCCAUAAUUGGAAAUAAAUUACUUGGUUAUCAAAGUGAUACCGAUGGUCUCAGCAGGCGAACCUCUCUGAUAAGUAAUGCUCAUCAAAUUCUCGUGAGCGACAUGCGGAAAAUUUGCUGCUCAUCAACCAUGUCAGUGUACAUGUGUUUGUUUACGUGAAGUUAGUGAACAAGUGAGCUUUUUUUUACUCCCGCACAUCGUUGUACAUAUUGUUGUGCUGCGGGGCAUCACAAAAAGAACGGUACAGCUCGCCCCUGCCUAUUGUGUAGCGGAAUGAAGGUCCAGGAAAAGCCGUAUCAGCAAUACAGUUGUGAAUAAUAAACAUUACGAAUCUCACUCUAAUUGUUCAUCGUUUCCGUUUUUUUUUGUUGAAGUGACCGUACCACGGUUUGGGUGUGUAUUUGUUGGUGGGAAAAUCCUUUUGUAUUUGAAGUUUGGUUGUGCCGCUUUUUGUAUUGCUUCUGUGCCAUCCUGCGUGAUGGAAGUCUAAGGGAGUGUGUGACAAUUGCGUGGUUUUGUGAGGUGAAUAGUUGGUAUCUGAAGUUUAUGUGUUGGAGAUGAAAUUGUGGGAUCUUGUUUUGAAUUAGUAAAUAGAGAAUAACUGCAGCAAAGGAUAAGUCAAAAGCUUUAGGCAAAAGGGUCAAGAAGUACGUACCAACUAAGGUGCAUAGUAAGUGAUUUGUUUCCAUUGAACUUAACGGUGAAUAGUCGCUGGUGAAAAACGAUUCUAAAUAAAUGAUAUAUUAUCAUCAGUUGGCAAAAUAAGCUGAGAGAAGAUAAAUUGAAACCAACACAAACAAAAAGGUACGGCAAUUGAAGAACGUUCUUCACACUGGAGCCGAAUAAUGUUUCCACCAAACUAUCCCGAGCAUCUCCGCAAGUGAAAUCGGAUUUCGGCACACAUUGCUGGUGAAGUAAUCGAGAUCGAUCAGGGCAAAAUUAGCGGUGCAUUUUUCACCUGACUCUGCAGGCAAUGGUGGAAUCGGGCAGCAUUAGUCGGACCAGCCCGGCCUCAACGUCGAUAGUAACGGCGGGAGUUCGCAGUGGAAUCCUGGAGACACGGGUCCGAGGUGCCUGGUACAGGGUAUCGGUGACACUAGAAACGGACUACAUAUCGGUUAGUUUGGAUGAAACGUGCGAACCGGUUGAUCACAGCACUACACUUAAUGGAACACUGGGGAGCAAUCACAGCGGUAACAAUAGUUCGAACAACUCCUCGCAACCAUCGUCGGCAGGUGCAUCGGGACCGUCGAUUCAUUCGUCAGAAAAUCUUAGCAACGGGAUCGGUGUGGUGACUACACCAGCCGGAAGCAGCACACUCAACGGUGGCGGAAGUUUGAACGGUGACAAUUUCCUCAACAACAACAACAAUAAUGGAGGCACUAUCAACAACGGCAGCGGGGGCACUAAUCUCAACAAUAACGGAACUGGCAGUGUGGUGCAUGUCGGUAGCAGUGGGGGCGUGGGAAGUGGUAGUAACAACAACAGUAUUGACAACGGAAUCGCCGAAAUAUGCGACGUACCUGACUCGGUGGCGAACCAGAAGCGACAUGUGCGAGUUAUCAAAUCGGACAGCAACGGGCUCGGGAUUUCGAUAAAGGGUGGCCGCGAGAAUCGAAUGCCAAUCCUGAUAUCGAAAAUCUUCCGCGGAAUGGCAGCUGACAGCGCUAAGGGUCUGUACGUUGGCGAUGCCAUUCUGUCGGUAAACGGAGAGGAUCUGCGAGAUGCGACCCACGAGGAAGCAGUUCGAGCAUUGAAACGAGCUGGCCGGGUGGUGGAUCUUGAAGUGAAAUUCCUACGUGAAGUGACACCGUACUUUCGGAAGGCGAGCAUCAUCUCCGAAGUAGGCUGGGAGCUCCAGCGUGCGUUCCUGUGUCCGCUCGGCCCUGGUGCUUCCUCACCACCGGCGGCAGCCCCACGAAGUCCUCCGCGUGCCGACACCCGCUACAUUCCACUACAGCUGACCCAUCUGGCGAGAAAUCUCAAGUAUCACGAUGCGGAAAAUCGCUGCAUAGAGCUGCACUCCCCCGACGGUAUUCACUCGUGUAUCCUGCGUGCCGUGGAUCCCCAGGAAGCGACAACAUGGUUCAACGCCCUCCACUCGGCGAUUGGCAAAAGCACCCAGAAAGCUUUAGUCGAUGCAAACCGAACCCUGGUAUCGAUUAUCGGAGAGCUGAAAUUUAUCGGUUGGCUCAGUCGAAGGUGUGGCGGAGAUCAGAACGGUCGUUCCAGCUCGGAAAGCUCAGACGAAUUAGAUAAAUGGCAAUCAAUUUUCGUAGCCGUCACCGAUCGUGAGUUUCGAUUAUACGAAAGCGCUCCUUGGUCGGUGGAAGCUUGGAGCAGACCAUUUGAAAGCAGCCCGCUGGUGACGACACGUUUGGCCGGUGCUGGAAAUACUUCCACAGUUGGAUCGAACUCACCGGGUAUUUCUUCCACUCAACAGAGCACCCAAUCCAGUGUAUUCUGCGUCCGCUGUGGAACAGUUCGGGGAAUCAUGAGCCACUGGUUACGUGCUGAGACGAAUCGGGAUAUGGCGACGUGGGCCCGAAUUCUGGUCCAAGGCUGCCAUAAUGCGAUUAUCAAUCAGCGUGAGUUUUCAUUCCGGUGCAUGUAUCAGGGCCGCCCAUGUCAAUUAAUCGUCCACGUGGACCGAGGAUUUACCCUGCUAGACAGCGCUCUCGGUAGCACCGGUUCCAAACCGAUCUGGUCAUUCGCAUUCGACAAGCUCAAAGGCUCGGCGGACGACGGUAACAAACUACUGUUCCUGGACUUUUCCGGUUGCGAAGAUGGUGCGGAAAUUGAACUGGACAUGGAGUGCUGCCCGAAACCGGUUGUUUUUGUCCUGCACAACUGUCUGUCCGCCAAAGUUCACUCGUUGGCGUAAGACACAGUAAACUUAUAUCACACAAAAAACAAGAAAAGUAUUAUUGUGGACAUAAUACACUAAAAGAAACUUGAUCGCAAACCAUGUAAAUACACCUUAGCGAACUGCUUGUUUUCUUCUCCGAACCGUUCAAUUGUUUUGUUUGUGUUAUUCUCCAGUAGUGUUAUGUUUGAUAUUUCAGACUUCACUUGUGAGUGAGGUCCAGUUAUUUGUUAUCAAUGGUAGUUGCGUUUCGGUUGAAUUGAUAGAAAAAAUAUUAUAUUGAAGAAACACCACAAUAACACAUCCAUGUAUGCGGUAAUGUUUAACAUAUCCCAAUCCGAAGGCGACAUACUGCGAAGAAAUGUUCUGUAACUGAUUGUGAUAGUUGAACCCAUUUUGUAUUACCUGUCAUUACUCCCGAACAAUUGUUGACAUUUGUUUUAUCCGAAUUUGAUACUCCACAUAUCCUAAGUAGGUUCAUCCUUACUGGGUCCAACAGCGGAUCAAAAAAAUAAAAAGUUAAUUCAAGGAUAUUGUUGUACCGUGCGGAUACAAUGUAACAAAAAGAAUGAUCAACAUGAUUGUGUUUCGAAUACAAAACAAAUUCACAUCUACAUGUUUCAAUCAAGUCAGUAAUGAUCAAAUGUGUAAAUCAAAAGAAAAGCUAAGUAGAAAUUGUCUCAUUGAAAAUUAACCGUGGUAAAAGAGCAUAUAUAACAAAGUUAGUGGAAUGAGUAAAGUUAGCGAAUGUUAAGUUUUCUUUGCUGAAAAUAGAAUAUCGUGCAGACGAAUCGUGAAACAAUUGGGACUUGAAUUGGACAAAUAAUCCAACUUCUCCGAGAAAAAGUAGAACAGAACUCCGAUGAGCUGGUAUUUUUUGAUAAACUGCUAAACUUUUACUGUAUACUUUCAAUGGGCUAAAGAAGGGUGGUAUGCAGUUAUCGCGAAAUGCAUAAAUGUACUGUUGUUAGUUUCAGCUUCCCUUUUCCCUGUGCUAUACAAUUGGCUACAAAAACUUUCAUUCCACAAUCGCAUACCACCCUCGGGUGAAGUGCUAAACAACUGAUUUGAGCAAAAAGCAACAAGAAUUCAAAGUGCAAAUGGGGGGAAAAAUUACUUCUCUGCUUGAUCUUAAUAGCGUAAUCGGAUUCCUCCACUUCACCCGAAUGGAGUGCUGCUAGCAGUCGAGGAACCUGUUAUAGUUAUCAUAAUUUUAAUUAAUUUAAUUAACUUCCGAUGUGCACAGAUCUGAAUAACUUUUCUUGCAUAAUUUUGCCUUGAACGCCGGAAUCUACAAACUUCCAAGUAAAUGCUACUUAGAACAGAGAAAAUAAAAGCGUCCGUAAAAAUCAAAGCAAGCGAAUUUUUCCCGUUAUCAACGGCAGCUAUUCCAAGCAAUACCAAGCGGGAACCUUCCUUCCUGGCCAAGCAUCCGAAAACCAGCAGCCCCAAAUUAAUUGAUACUGUUAGUGGAGAAAUUUCCAAUUUGCUAUUAUGGAAAUAUAACGGAAUUCACGAGGGAGAUUCGACUUUGCAAUUUCAAUUGUCCAGCGCGGCUGAAGAUGAGUUGAAAUUUGUUAAAAGUUUGAAAAAUACUUCUUCUAUCACCAGACAGCUAGUCCUAUUUACAGAACGAGUCAUUCAACCGAUAAGAUUCUUCACUAAAUCUCACUAGUCAGAUUCUUGGGUUAUUCUUGGAUACGUUCGAGUCUGUCGAUGGUGGUCCAGUUAGAUAAAAGCUAGUCAGCCGGAAAACCUCUUAAACAAUAUCGGAAACAUGGGAAAAGUUCCCGUAAUCAAUUUUGAACGGGCAGCAAACUGGAAAGCCAUCACAUCGGAAUCAGUUCACCGGAAGAGGACGAAGCAAGAGUAGAUAAAAAUCAUAUCAAAUUUAUGGGAUUUUUAUGUUAUGAUGUACAGUAAGAGCCAGCAGAUUGAAAAGUUUUCCAAUAAUGCAAUAAAAUCUGUAAAUAGGAUGAAGCUAUACCCACCCUCAGUACACCAACUACCCAAUUGCUAACCAGCUACUUUCCCAAUCCUCGUCCUUCCCUCAAACAGGUAGAAUCAUUGUAUAAUGACUUAACAAACUCAACCCGUUUGGGGUUGGAGAAAAUGAAAACGCACACCCACUAUCACAAAAGUUCUACGAUAUAAACGACUGAUUCAUCUUUGAACACAUAAAACCAAAAAAAAAUCUUUGGAAAGAGAAAAUAUACGAACAAAUUCAAGCAAAAAAAAAAGAUAUAUUAUCAAACUCUUCUUCUAUCUUAUUUUAAGCGUCUCUAUCAAUUUCCAUUUGAAUAGUUGGCUUCAUAGAGUAGUGACUCCAAAUUUGUAUAUUCUGCCAUCACAAAUUGUUUAGUAAAAGUAAAACAAACAAAAACGUGUGAAAAAAACAAGCAACACAAAUCAAGUAAAAGUACUAUAUAUAGAAGUAUAAUCCGAAACAGAUGUACUCUCGCUAUCAGAAGGUUUUUCCUUGAAGCGCGCAAACAGUAAAUUUAAAAAAUUAAACUUUACAACUUCUAUCUGUAGUAAAAUCAAAAGGGAUACACUUUUUCACCCUAAACAUAAAUCAUAUACGAUAAUUGCUCCAUCUAGCUAGAAACAUUCGCAGAAGGUCGUAAUAGUGGAGCCGUAACCAAGUAGGCCGUAACGACUUCAUCGAGUUUUUAUCGAAGCGAGCAUUUCCGAGCAACCCGACGCAAAGUGUGUGUGUGCCCAGAUUGCACCUGCUAGUCCAGUACUUAUUGCGACGGUUCGAAUGACAAGAAGACACAAAAAAAACCCUUUCUGAUCAAUCUCUGUACCCACAAAAAAAAAAUUUGCAAGAAGAUCCGAAAUAAAGUCACAUUACAUUGGAACAA